AUGAUAACGCUUCUGUUGUUGGGUUUCGGUGUUCUUUCGCUCUACGUGUACUGCAAGAUUAAGUUUAAGUUUGCGGAAAAAAUCCCAUGCGUCGAGCCAAUGCAUCCAAUAUUCGGCAACGGGCUCGAGUUCGCACAGAAGAACUCGUAUGAAAUCUUCAAGAGCAUUACACGCGCGUACAAGGAUAACAAACGGAUCUUCAAACUUUGCUUUGGCCCGAUACCGGUCAUAUGUCCUACGCAUCCGGAUCUAAUACAGAAAACUAUGACCGAACAGGCCAGCAUGGACAAACCGUUCGUGUAUGAUUUCAUGCGCGUGGACCACGGAUUGCUUACGGCAAAGUAUGACGAGUGGCGUGUGCAUCGGAAAGCACUAAAUCCAACGUUCAACACUCGCAUUCUGAACAGCUUCAUACCAAUCUUUAGCGAUUGUGCGAAGAAAAUGAUCAGCAACAUGCACAAGCAUGCGAACGAUGAAAAGCCGAUCAACAUACUCAAAUGUACCUCGCCCUGUACGCUGGAAAUGAUUUGUCGCACCUCACUCGGCGGGAAGGUACUGGAAAGGGAAGGCAAGCAGGAAUUUAUCGAAGGGCUGGAAAUUAUCCUUCACAACGUAGGCCUUCGAAUGUUUAACGCAAAUCUCUACCCUGAUUUUGUGUACAAGAACACACGUUUCUACCGUGCCGAAAUGGAAGCUCGUAAAAUAUGUUACGCUUUCACGGACAAGGUCAUUCAUGAAAAACGUGCAAAGUUCGAGGAACGGCUUCGUCAUUCGGUCGACAAGAACAAUAACAAUGCGAUGAGCGAUGAAAAUGGCAACGUCGUCUUCGCCGAUGAAGAAGAUGAUAUGCUGAACUACAAGAAACCCCAAAUCUUUGUCGAUCAACUGCUGACCAUACCGAACGAUGGUAAACCGUUUACGCACGAGGAGAUCACCGAUCAUAUCUACACGAUGAUUGCUGCUGGUAACGAGACAUCCGCGACGCAGGCCGCGCACGCCUGCUUGCUGCUGGCCAUGCAUCCCGAGGUUCAGGAACGAGCAGCAGCUGAAGUACGGGAGCUAUUGGCCGAUGAUGUGGAGUACACGCACGAAACACUCAAGGGAAUGGAAUAUUUGGAACGCGUCAUUAAGGAAUCGCAGCGGCUGUGUCCAGUGGCCGCCGUAUUCGGUCGCAAGACGAUUGGAACAAUUCAGUUGGAUGAGUUUGUCAUUCCGAAAGGAUUCAUCCUGCUGGUGAACGCGUUUGCACUGCACCGACAGAAAGAAUUCUGGGGCGCGAACGCCGACAAGUUCGAUCCGGACAAUUUCCUGCCGGAGCGCGUCAAAGCACGGCACCCGUAUGCCUAUAUUCCGUUCAGUACUGGUCCACGUGGAUGCAUCGGCAGUCGUUACGCUAUGAUGAGUUUAAAAUUUAUGCUGUCACAAAUAUUGAAAAACUUCAAACUCACCACCGAAAUACCGUACGAAAAGAUGGAUUUCAAGUUAAAAGUCUCCAUGCAUCUGUCCUUCGAGCAUCUGAUAAAACAACAGGCAAUCAGUGACGAAAUUCUCGAAGGCUUUCGUGACACUGUCGAUGAAGUCGGUGUUUUUGAGGUUAUUACCGAUUUUGCGAUGUUUCUGAGCAAUGAAACGGAACUGUUGCUCGAGGAGCUAACCGAGCAGCUUGACGAUUGGGUCUUUCAAACAUCAAACAUGAUCAACGCCUUUGAAGAAGGUUUGAAAAACAUUACGUUCGAACUAAUGGAUUCUCCAAUCGAAAGCUUUCUACGAGCCGAAAGCCCCCUCAAAUGUUUGGCAGGGUUUGGUUACCACAAAGCCAUGCAAAAAAUGACACAAGUGAUCAUGUUUUUCCUACCGGCGAUCAUCGUGGUGCUUGGAUUAGUUAUAUACUGGUGUAAGCUAUCAAGAGAUAGUGGACUAUUCGCGAAAGAUCUUCCAGGACCAAGAUCGUACCCUAUUAUCGGUUGUACCUACCUAUUUAUGCGCUCCUAUGAGGAAACGUUCAGUGUAAUUCAAGAGUGGUUUCGCAAGUACGAUAGGAUGUUCAAAAUAUCCCUGGGACCCACAACGGUCGUGUGUCUAUCACAUCCGGAUCUUAUCCAGCAAGUUCUAACUAAUAGAGCAUGCCAGGAUAAGGCUUUUUUCUAUCGUUUCAUGGAGCUCGAUUAUGGACUCAUAUCGUCUCGUUAUUCGGAUUGGAAGCUGUACCGUAAGAUGUUGAACCCUGCAUUUAAUCAACGCAUCUUGAUCAGCUUCAUAUCGAUAUUUAGUCGUUGCUCGGAAGAUAUGGUAGAACGUAUGGCUAAGGAGGUUGACAGCCCUAAACCAUUCGAUAUGCUCCACUAUACCGCCCAAUGUACGCUGGAGAUGGUGUGUGCCAGUUCGCUCAAAAGUGACAUCACGGAAAAUCCAAUCGCAAAGGAAAUUUGCGGAGGCAUUGAAAAGAUUAUGAUAAUUAUGUGUAGCCGCGUGUACAACGUCUUGCUUUAUAGCGAUUUGCUAUUUAACAUGACGCCUCGGUACAGAGAAAUGGACAGGCUUCGCAGCAAAUUGCAAGAAAUGCUGGAUCCGAUCAUAAGCGAACGACGUGAGGAAAUAGCGAAAGAACGUUUGGAAAACAUCAACCAAGAUGAAGAAGAGAAAUAUCGAAAGCCAAUGAUAUUUUUGGACCAACUACUGGAUAUGAAACGUGGUGAUGAAGAUCUCUCAAGCAAGGAGAUCGAAAACCAUCUCCAUACCAUCAUUGCUGCUGGGAGUGAAACAUCCGCCAAUCAAGUGGCCUACAUCCUGCUACAACUGGCAAUGCAUCCCGAUAUACAGGACCGUGUGUGCGAAGAAAUCCGCUCGAUUUACGGAGACUCUUCUUUGAAUAUAUCCUUCGAAACGAUAUCCGCCCAAAACUAUCUGGAGCAAGUGAUCAAAGAAACAUUGCGACUGUUUCCGGUAGCACCCUUCAUCGGAAGGAAAACGAUCGAGACGGUUAAGCUGGGUGAUGUCGUUAUCCCGCCAGGAGUAACGCUGCUCAUGAAUAUAAUGCAUGUGCAUCGCAGCAAGGAGCUGUGGGGAGACCGAGCAGAUGUGUUCGAUCCUGAUCGCUUCGACCCUGCGACUUAUGAUGCUCGGCAACAGCAUCCCUUCAGCUACAUUCCGUUUGGCGGUGGACCAAGAAACUGCAUUGGCUAUCGGUACGGCAUGUUCACUAUGAAAAUUAUGGUCACUCAAGUGCUCCACAGAUAUGUGUUGUCCUCGCCGAUCUCACCUAACGAUUCGUUAGGACUAUCACUUGCAAUUACGCUGAAGACUGCUGUAGGACACCAACUAUUCAUAAAACGCAGAAAAAAUCCUAGUGACUGA